AGGAAACGUCGAUCUACAGGUCAAAGCUGUUUAAAACACAUAAUGUUGUAUUAUCAUCAGUUAUUGUAACUAGUCACAUUUGACUAUUUGUAAUAGUUAUGACGUUUUUUUUAUCAUCUGUAAAGUAAGACACGAUUAGACACACCGAGGCGUUUCUAUCGUUGGACCGCUAGAGGAAGACAUGAAUCAUUUUGUAUCACAUACAUAUGAUUAUCUAAAGCAUCUCAUCCCCAUUGAACAUUCUUCUUUUAUAUGUGUUGUACUUUACGUGUCGUUUAGACCGUUAUCACGCAUAUACUGCCAGUAAAAUUGUCGUGUUUACAAGUAAAUGUGAAUUGAGCUGCGCGUUUAUUCAUCGCGUGUCGGUAACGCGGAUCUUCAAGCAGUCCGUAAAACGGCAAAGAGACCGAAAGAAAGACAAAAAGAAAGCGACCACAAAGAGAGAGAGAGAGAGAGAGAGAGAGAGAGACAUAAACCAAUCUCUAACCGAAAAAGAUAUAAAAGCAUCACAGACAGAACCUUGCGUUUUUCAGCGUCUGAACAUUACGAUUUAGUCUGUCGAUUAAUGAAGAACUAAAGAUCUUCACUGAGCUUAAAAUGAUGGUGUGUGUGUGACCUGUUACAUGUAAAUGGCGUGUAAAGUGCGUGAUCCUGUGCUGUGGUAUCAGAGGAAGAUUGGUGCAUAUGAUCAGCAGAUUUGGGAGAAAUCAGUGGAGCAGCGAGAGAUCAAGGGUCUGAGAAACAAACCAAAGAAGACGGGUCAUGUGAAACCGGACCUGAUCGAUGUGGAUCUGGUCAGAGGGUCGGCUUUUGCUAAGGCAAAGCCCGAGAGCCCGUGGACGUCUCUGACCCGGAAGGGCAUCGUCCGAGUGGUUUUCUUUCCUUUUUUCUUCCGCUGGUGGAUUCAGGUGACGUCCAGAGGAAUCUUUUACCUGCUUCUGUCUCUCUAUCUGCUGCAAGCUCUUGCAGCCGUGCUGUUUAUCAGCAUUUCCAGCGCUCAUGCUAUUCCCGCCACCGAAGUGUUCUGUGGCUUCUGGUUAAUGCUGCUGUUAGGAACGGUUCACUGUCAGAUCGUCUCUACACACACACCCAAAACCCCCAGCAGCAGUAACACUAGUGGCGGCGGCGGCGGCAGCGGCAGCGGCAAGAGGCGCAGGAAGUUGAGGAAAUCCGCUCAUUUGGAGGUUCAUAGAGAAGCUGAUGGUUCUAGCACUACUGAUAACGCUCAGGAGGGGGCGCUGCACAGCUCUGUCUCUGCUGGCACCCGCGGCCUCGGCUCUUUCUUCAGAGAUUUCUGGCAUGGUAUCUUUAAAGCGGGUAGGUCUAAAAAGUCCAAGCAGUCCACCGAUAAGUCUACGGAGACCGACAACGGAUACGUGUCUCUGGACGGACGUUUCACCAGUAAAAGCAGCGAGGAAGGGCUACAGUUUCACCAGCCGCACUGCGACCUUCUGCAUGGAGAAGAGACCUGUUGGAACGCCCAGAACAGCAGAAAUCACCCCACACCUGCCAGCAAGGAGGCCGAGGAGACGCGCGGUGCAGAGAACGUGUCCGAUGAAGCGUCCAGUGAAGAAGACCCAGAGAACUACAGCGCCCUGCGCAGGGGAGCAGAGCACAAGAAAAGCGACUGCACACUACGCAACAGAAAAACACAUCACUAUAAAAAACAUUACCCUACAGAGGAGACGAUGAAAUCAGGAACAAGCUGCAGUUCCCGCUGCUCGAGUUCACGGACGCAGGAAUCGGAGAGCGCGCGGCACGGCUCGGAGACGGAGGAUGUGCUGUGGGAAGAUUUCCUGCACUGCGCCGAGUGCCGCUCAUCCUGCACGAGCGAGACGGACGCCGACGGUUCGGCCGCCUGUUCUUCCUCUAAGAAAGAGUUCAGAGACGACCCGUUUCAUCAGGGUCACGCGCCAUGGCUUCACAGUUCUAACCCAGGACUGGAGCGUGUCAGCGCCAUCGUGUGGGAAGGAAACGAGUGUAAGAAAGCCGACAUGUCUGUGCUGGAGAUCAGCGGUAUGAUUAUGAACAGGGUGAAUCUGUACAUGCCCGGGAUCGGCUAUCAGAUAUUGGGCAACCUUGUGUCUGUGGCUCUGGGUUUAACUCCGUUCGCCUUUAGAUUGUUCCAGUAUAAAGACCCAGAGCAGCUUGCAUCCCUGUCGCCCGGCGAACUCGUGUCCGUCGCUUUCGGCUCCUCGGCCGACAUCCUGGUGGUCGCCAUGGUGACCGUGAGCUUCCUCGUGCGCGUGUGUCUCAUCUGGCUUUUCUUCUUUCUGCUCAGCGUCGCAGAGAGAACGUACAAGCAGCGGCUUCUGUUUGCAAAGCUGUUCGGUCAUUUGACAUCAGCACGAAGAGCCAGAAAAUCUGAAGUCCCUCAUUUCCGUUUGAAGAAGGUUCAGAACAUCAAGAUGUGGCUCUCGCUGCGUUCCUACCUGAAGCGGCGUGGUCCUCAGCGUUCUGUGGACGUGAUCAUUUCUUCUGCGUUUCUUCUGACUCUGUCAGUGGUUUUCAUCUGCUGCGCUCAGCUGCUGCACAUGCACGAGACCUUCCUGGAGUUUCAUUAUAACUGGGAGCUGGUGAUCUGGUGCACGUCUCUGUCGCUUUAUCUGCUGCGAUUCGUCACGCUGGGUUCAGAGACCAGCAAGAAGUACAGCAACACCUCCAUCCUACUGACAGAACAGAUUAAUUUGUACUUGAAGAUGGAGAAGAAACCAAAUAAGAAAGAAGAACUUACGUUGGUCAACAAUGUCCUCAAACUGGCCACCAAAUUAUUAAAGGAGUUAGACGCUCCGUUUCGUUUAUACGGUCUCACCAUGAACCCGCUUCUGUACAACAUCACUCAGGUGGUCAUUCUGUCGGCCGUGUCAGGGGUCAUCAGUGACCUGCUGGGCUUCAAUCUUAAGCUGUGGAAGAUCAAAUCCUGAUGGUGAAUCUUCUGGUUUUGGUUUCCUGACUUGACGCUGCAAGUGAUGAACACACGGCGGUGCUGUUACCCCUCAUCAGGGGUGUCCUGACAAUGACCUCUGUUUUCAAAGUGUUAUAAUCGUGCAAUUCAGCUACUUAUUUGAUUUUUUUUAAAUAUCAAGUAUUUGUUUUAGCUGUUACAAUUGUUUUAAGUAUUAUUUCCUUUACUUUGGAUGUGAUGUUCUCAUAGGAAAGACAAUUCACAGCUUUGAUGUGUAAGAGUCCUGCCGAAUGUUGAGCAUUUGGAUGUGAGUCUCAUCCUAAACUGACAUGCACACACAGUUGAAUGAAAGUUGAAAUGACACUCUUAUACACGUCAUCUAUGUCUGUUGAAGUCUUCAUCAGUUUUCAGCUUGAAAUGUGAGUUUAUAUCCUCAGCAAUAAUUGUGUGUUUAUACUUCAAAUAGUUUGAAGUACGGUGUCUUUUUGGUAGACACUAUUUGUGUGUGUGUGUGUGUGUCUGUGAUAGACACUUGCGUGUUCUGUUAGUGUGUGUAUGUGUUUUUUCAGAGCUGCGGUUAUUGUGCACUUUAAAGGAAAAAAGGUUACACGUUUUAAUGUCAGAAGUGUUUGCUGUUUUUAUGUAAUACAGGACAGUCAGCUAAACCACCAAAGUUUAUUUAUUGUUUUUUCCAUUUUAGAGAUGAAUGUAUAGACUCUGAUUAUAGGUUGGUUUGUAAAAGGGGCUGACAGAGUUAUUUUUGUGAUGAGUGUAAUUAUUUUGUUCUCUGUUAAAGCUUGUUUCAUACAGACACUUGUAUUUCUGUAUUUAUAGAGGAAACUUUAGCUGUUACAUAAAACACUAUUUGGGAAAAACAGA